AGCCGAGUGGCCUGGAUGUCCCUGAUUGUUGUUGUUGUUGUUUAUACUGCGAGCACGAAAUUACUCCCCAGGGCCUCCUCCCCCGCCCGCACCACCUGCUCCUCCCUCCUGUUGUAACAUGCCAUUAGUGAGCCUGCGACCUCAUUUCCAAGGGUGCUAGAGUUCGCAUUCAGCCACCAUGGGGAAUGGGAUGAACAAGAUCCUGCCUGGCCUAUACAUUGGCAACUUCAAAGACGCCAGAGAUGCAGAGCAACUGAGUAAGAACAAGGUGACACAUAUUCUGUCUGUCCAUGAUAGUGCCAGGCCUCUUUUGGAGGGGGUUAAAUACCUGUGCAUUCCAGCAGCGGAUUCACCAUCUCAGAACCUGACAAGACAUUUCAAAGAAAGUAUUAAAUUCAUUCACGAGUGCCGCCUCAGGGGUGAGGGCUGUCUUGUACACUGCCUGGCGGGCGUCUCCAGGAGUGUGACUCUGGUGAUCGCAUACAUCAUGACCGUCACCGACUUUGGCUGGGAGGAUGCCCUGCACACUGUGCGUGCAGGGAGAUCCUGUGCCAACCCCAACCUGGGCUUCCAGAGACAGCUCCAGGAGUUCGAGAAGCAUGAAGUCCACCAGUACCGGCAGUGGCUGAAGGAAGAAUAUGGAGAGAGCCCUUUGCGGGAUGCAGAAGAAGCCAAAAACAUUCUGGCUACUGCAGGAAUUCUGAAGUACUGGGCCUUUCUCAGAAGACUGUAAUAUACCUGAAGUUUCUGAAAUAGUGCAAAGCCGCAGAGUUUAGGCUGGUGCUGCCAAAAAGAAAAGCAACCUAGAGUUUAUUUUUAAGUUUCCAGAAGUGAUGUGUAACUUGUUUUUCAUUUUAAACUGAAUAUAUGUGUAAUGAUAUAUGUUGAGAACUAAAGAUACUCUUCAGCAAGAGAAAAUAUUUUUACCUUAAUGCCACUGCUACAGCAACUUCUUUAACCUUAACUUUGGGAUUUAUAAAGCAAUCUCAAGAGCCCUGCUGCACUGUUUUGGUAACUGUUUAGUAAUCAUGAUUGCUUCUCAUGAGAAUUGUGCUGUGUAAACUCUGCUCAUGUGCUCUUAAAUUCCCCAGCUUGGGAAAUAUUUCUUGGUGUGUGCUCUACCCACGGUUUGUGUUCUCCUUGGUGGACUUUACCAAAAGCUACACAUUUUUGUUAACAAAGGGCAACCGAGCAUUUAACUUCAUAUGCAAUGCACUCUUCCUUGGCUGAAGUGUGGAUGUCAUAUGUGUUUCUGCCUGUGAGGGUUGUGAAGCAGGAUCGGAAUCUGCUCCUGUAGCAGUAAUGCUGGUUUAAUGGCAGAGGCCACAGUUUCCUCCAGAAGGUAGCACAGAGAGCACUCAGGAGAAGUGAAUUAAUUUCACCAUGAGAGAAAAAUUGAUCCUCAAUGUGAACAGAAAGAAAUCCAGAAAUUGGACUCGUAUUUCUCUUGCCCACACAUGAGCACUGAUUAUGUGGCACUAAUGGAAUUACUGCAUUUGCCACAAGGCUGCGUAGCCCUGGUGCUCCAUGAACACUGGCUGCACAUUAUUGAAUGAAGUUUACUCUCAUUCCAUAUUUAGCUUUUAAUUUGAAGAAACACAGACUGGCUUGAAGAGCGAUUUAAGUCCAUUUCCUAAAUUGUCCUUGUCUAAAUCCAGGGGAAGAAGAAGGAGAUUUAACUUUUGACUCCAGGGAUAAUUUGGGCCUGAACUAAGGGCAGGUGGAUACAGGAGCUAAUAUACGUGGACCCUUUAACUGUAGGUGGCAGGCUUCACCUGUAUUCUGAGUGUCUGCUUUGAAUGCCUGGAAGCUCCUGACAAGGGCACAGGAAAGGGGCUGGAAUGGAGAUGACCCUCUGUACUGGCAGCAGCCCCUGCCGGUGUGGGAUGAUAUUCACUGAUCAGUGUCAGUCAUUAAAAUGCUUAUUCUGACUCAACAGGCCUGUCUAGAUGUAGCCCAGGUAAUCCAGUUGUAGGAACCUCUGAGUACUCUCAUGUGCCAGCCUUAAAAGCCCUGAGAUAUCUCCACUUCCCACUCGUGAGGGUGUGCCAGAGCCUUGUCUCUGUGGAAAAGCACAGAGCCUCAGCAAGACCUCUGUGCUGUGUGUAGGACACGAGGCAGCAGAAUUAGGAAAAUAGGUGUUUUGGUGAUGGCCUCAGUCCAGUAGGGUCACCCACCCCUCACAGCGUGACAUCCUUUUCUGUCCCCCUCUUCUUGCCAUAGGACCAGAUCUGGCACCAACAAUAAUCCUCUAAUAAUUGUCUGGUGUUCUGUGGGUUACAAACUAUCACUGUAAAGCUUUAUAAACUCACAGAGGGUAUUAUUUUAUUUAUUCACGUCUCAAAGAGGCCAAAAAAUACACCCAAAACUGAAAAUGUUAGUUCUGCUUUGCUUGAAUUUUGAUCUUUUAAUUCCGAAUCAGUGGGUUAAGUGAGAGGGAGGAGCUGAGCUGCCCCUGCACUUUGAACAUAGAAAUUUAUAAGGCUCUAAUGAGGGUCAAGGGAGAACCAGCACCCCUGCAGCAAAGCAAUAUGGCUGCUGAAGCCAGAACCUCUCUUUGGUUGCUUCCACCCCCACACACACCCCUUUCUCCUUGUGGAGUUUGUUUGGGGCCCCAACAGUGGAGUUGGCAGUUAGGAAAAUUGAGAAUUACAGAGUGGGUCAUAAGGACUAGUUUAGGUGCUCCUGGUGCUAUGUGGCAGGGGAGGGGAAGAGAAAAACCAUUCCAGUUUCAGGGUGAGGAAGGCAGUGUUUAGGGAAGGCAUCUUGGAAGAAGUAAUACCUAAUUUGAGACUUCAAGCUUAAGAGCUAAAAUUAGUUGGGCAUAGUGGGAGGAAGGGGAGUCCAGGCAGAGGCCCAGCAUGUGUGUUAACAUGGUGGCAUGAAGGAGCACAGUGCACUGGGAUGACCCUAAGAUACUCUGUGUGACUAAAGCAAGAACCAAGGAGUGGGCAGUGUUAGUAAGUGAUACAGACAAAACUGUAUACACAAGCAAGGGCCCAGUCAGCCAGGUUGAUACCAUUGCUUAGUAUCUGUAUAUAUAUUAGUAUUCAGUAACUGGUUUACUUCUUAUACUAGCCCUUGGAGCUAAUCAAGCUCAGAGGUCGUGCCCUGCCAGCUUCCCACAGGGCUGAUUUCUGAGCUUAGAGCCUCACAAGAAGCAUGCAUGCCAUUAUGCAGAUGUAAUGAGUAGAGGUGGGGGCUGGCUAAACUUGCUAGAGCAAGCAGGUACCAUGGUUGGUUGGCAUGUAGGUGGAGAAUGGAGGGUCCAUAUUGGAGGCCAGUCAGGGGCAGCUGUUUUAGUCAUCCAGGUGAUGGAAGAUGAUGCCCUGAACAGGAUCAUGGUGAUGGAGAUGAAGAGGGACCAAGAAGGCAAAUAGAUUUAGGCUUGAGGGAGUUUGGGAAGGGAGAAACAAAUGCUCUCAGUACUGGAUUGAAUGUGGGGGACUAUGGGUUUUGUGGCCUUUUCACUCUGGAAUCUAGCUUCCAACACAAUGGUCCUUUGUGUCAACAUCCUACUUUCCUUUGAUGUCGGUGUGUGGGUUCUGAAAUGUCAAGGUUAGAUUUAAGGGGACUGCCAGACCUGGGGCCUCCAAGGACAAUCAUCCCAGCUUUGCAAAUUAGGUCAAAUUUAUCCAUGCACCCAGGACAGACUCCCAGGAACUAGAUUCAUAACAAUGUGGAAGUCAAAUGUCCAAUUUUGUAAUUUUUUGUGAAAGAUAAAAAAAAAAAAAAGUAGCUUUAUGAAAACCAAUUUUAUUCACUAGGCUAUCUCUCUUUCAGUGUCAGGAUUUUGGAGGAAGACAAAUUAGUCAUUAGGCAUUGUCUUAUGAGAUGGACAUGGAGCUAAGAGCCUUGGCAGGAGGCGGGGGAUAAUCCUGAUCUGGUGUGCCCCAUAAUCAGAUUGAUAUUCCCAUAACAUACUUAAGUGGUAUUUCUACCAGGCUCCUGUUUUGCGCCCUGAAGUUACCUUUCCAGGGUCUAGUGGACCAUCAAGUUUAUGUACUCUCUCUGCCCAAGGUGAUCUUGGACUUAAAUCACAUUUUUAGAGCAACUUCAUUUUUUAAAAAAUUUUAUUUUGU